GGAGCUCAGGGCAUGGCGGGGCCCCUGCGGGGCCGGGUGGAGGAGCUGAAGCGGCCGCGGUGGCGGGAGAGUUCCCCACGGGUGCUCCAGCACAGUGAGGCCGCCCGGCUGGCGGCCGAUGCCCUCCUGGAGCGGGGUGAGGUUGCCUACCUGCGGGUCAUCUCCGCGGAGCGGGAGCUGCCCUUCCUGAGCCCUCUGGAUGUGGACUACAUGACCAGCCAUGCGCGCGGGGGCUCUGAGCUAGGCGAGGCCCAGGGACCAGAAGCUGCAGGGCCUGACCACCUCAGCCUGCUCUCCGAAGUCACCUCCGGCACUUACUUCCCCCUGGCCUCCGACAUAGACCCCCCGGACCUGGACUUGGGCUGGCCCGAGGUGCCACGGGCCGCGGGAUUCAGGCCCACGCAGGCUGUGGUCCACUUCCAGCGGGACAAAGCCAAGAGCGUCAAGGACCUUCUGCAUUUCCUCUUCAGCCAGGCCCGCACGGUGGUGGCUGUGGUGAUGGACAUCUUCACCGACAUGGAACUUCUGUGUGACCUCAUGGAGGCCUCGUGCUGGCGUGGUGUCCCCGUCUAUCUGCUUCUGGCCGAGGAACACCUGAGGCACUUCCUGGAGAUGUGCUACAAGAUGGACCUCAAUGGAGGGCACCUACAGAACAUGCGUGUGCGGAGCACGUGUGGGGACACAUACUGCAGCAAGGCAGGCCGCCGCUUCACGGGGCAGGCCCUGGAGAAGUUCACCAUCAUUGACUGUGAGCAGGUGGUGGCGGGCAGCUACAGCUUCACCUGGCUUUGCGGCCAGGCCCACACGAGCAUGGUGCUGCAGCUGAGGGGCCGCAUCGUGGAAGACUUUGACCGGGAGUUCCGCUGUCUUUAUGCCGAGUCCCGGCCCGUGAAGGGCUUCUGCGGAUGUGAAGAUCCCCUGUCUCCCAGGGCACCGUGCCCUCCCCCAGUGGCCCUGGCCUUCAGGCCCGGCAUCCCCAGCACCACAUCCUCGUCGCGCUCCAGCACCAGCCUCAGCAGCAUCAAGUGCUCACCCCGCAGGGGUCACUCCUCCUACCCCGCUCUGCCAAGAGGUGGUGGCUGCAGUGACACGGGUAUGGGAUCCUCCUCCCCGGGCCCUGCCCGCUGUGAGGCUGGUGGCCAGCCCUCCCUGCAAUGCCAGCUGUCAGACCCUAACCACGGCCCCCUGCUUGGGCCCUACAGGGCCAACCUGAGCAAGCUGGGGGCAUCCCCCUCGUCCCAGUCCUCCCCUGCCCUCAACCACAAUAGCAGCAGCCCUGUGACCCUGGCAGGGGAGUCACCUUUGCUUGCUCGCCCUCGCCCCCUCCUCUCCUUUCCCCGGUGUGUCUCAGCUCUGUCCCGGCUCCCAGAGAAUGGGGUCACAGGAAGCCAGGAGCCUAGCCCCCCACAAGGCCGCUGGGUACCCGGCACAGCCCUGGAGGCAGCGGAGGAGAAUAAGGUGUCUCUGAGUCAGAGCCAUGGCCAGCUGGAUCUCCUCGUCCCCUUCCCCAGGGCACGAGAAGCAGGAGGCCCUGAUUCUGGGGUGACCCCCAACUCAGGCUCCCUUUGGCCUAGUGAGCAGGCCCCAGAGGACAGGAGGUUGGCCUCAAAUCAGAGAUACAACCAGCUGGAUCUCCUGCCCCAGGCCCAGGGUGCCAGGGGUCCCCCUGAGUCACGUUCCCCCAGGCCUGGCAAUCGGACCCCAGAGGACAAGAGGCUGUGCCCAGACCACAGCCAUGGCCAAAUGGACCUCCAGGUACAGUCCCCCAAGGCUGGGGGCUCCAGAGUGCCCCCUGAAGCCAACUCCUUGGCCAGGCCUGGUAAGCAGGGUCCAGAUGAACAACGGCAGAACCUGGGACACAGCCAGCUGGACCUCAUCAUGAAGUUUGGCCCAUUCCGGGGUGAGGGGCCUGGGUCCAAUGAUCUCCCCAGACCGAGCCCUGCCAGAAAGCCUGGAGUGGACUCUGGGGAUGAGAAGUGGCUGACUCUGGGCCACAGCCAGCUGGACCUCAUCACCAAGUAUCAUCAGUUACAGGGCACCAGGCAGGGACCUGAGCCUGGCCCCCCCGGGGGCCCCACAGGUGGCCAGCGCAAAGGCAGUAGCAAUGGCCUGUCUGGGGAUGAGAAACGGCUGACCCUGGGCCACAGCAAACUGGACCUCAUUACUCAGUACAACAAGUCCAAGUCCAAGCUGCUCCGAAGCCGCUUUGAGUUGUAGU